GAACGACGACGUCUCGCGAUCGCGUUCCUCCUCGCUUCUUCCCAUCAAGUGUUGCUUGUUGCAACGCGCGAACGUGCGAGCGCACUCUCCAGGCACCCGACAGCUUCGCGCGCGAGCCACGCUUUAUUAGUCUAGCGCGGGCCAUCUCGUGAACCCCUUUAGUUCGCCUCGCUACGCUUCUUCGCCUCGCCUCAUUCUCGCCGGAUCGGAUCGACGAGAGGCCGACGUAGAUGUGAGUGAGUCUAAGCGUGAUAAUAGGAACCGACAGUGAGGAUAAGGUUCGCGAAAGAGAAGACUAAAGUCGAGGAAGAGAAGAUCCAAGGAGGGGCCCACAAACGUGUCAAAGAGAGCGGAAGGUCGAUGCGCCGCGCCGAAGGAGAAGAGAGUACCGUAUCCUGGUGAUUUACCUGCGGUGUAUUAUAAUCAGCGUGUUUAUUCGAAAUCUCGCGAUAAGCUCGUGCUGCGAAUGCAAAACAGUCGCUGAAGAGGACAACCCUUCGGAUGAAGGCAAGGCAACGGGGUGUCUUCGCGACGCCGUGACAUGUACGAACGUUUCCCGUGGUUGUUUUCCUCGUUGUCGGCAGAGACACGCGAGGAGGCGACGGUAGCACGGCGCGAGGAAGAGGAGGAGGCACGAGGAGGAUCGAGAGCCCAGAUCACGUCAUCGACGGCGACCGGCGACAGCGGGACAGGAACUUGAAAAGAUGCUGGCACUCGCGAUGCGCCGCGAACACACAACCGGGCGCAGCAAUUACGAGCCCGCGAAUCCGCUCGCGGGUUUUGAGCACCUGCAGCACAACAGCGGCGGGAAUUCGUUCGCGGUGCUACCCGGCACCGAGGGUCGGGCGCGCGAGACCGCGCGACCGGAGGCCGAGGGUGAGUUGCAGGAGUUUGUGGACAUUGCGCAAGUGCAGCAGCUACUCCAGCAGCAGCAGCAACAUCAGCAGCAGCAGCAGCACCACCAUCAUCAUCAUCAUCACCAGCAGCAGACGUCCGCGGCGGCCGCGUCCUGCAUCUGGGGUGCGGUUUACCCUCCGCCGCCGCCUACCCUGGGAUACCAUCAUCAUCAUCAUCAUCAUCACGCGCCGCCACCGCCGCCAUCAGUAAAAUGGAAGAAAUGGAGACGACGCAAGACAAUGACGUGAAGCUGCCAAAUAUCUUGGUAUCAUCGGUGUUCGCUGAUUCAUCGGCAACACAUAUACAUAUAGGAAAAUAUUUGACGCUCGCCGCACUAGUCAUCCCGGGUAUUUGGGGAUGCUGGGUGGCUCAGGUGGUUGCGUGGCGGCUUGAAAUAACGUCGUUCGCCCGCGCAAAAUCGUGUCGAUUAGGGCCACGAAUAGUGCGCGCCCACCACCUCGUCAAGAGCCGCCGAUAAUUUUAGAACAUUUUGUUGUGUGUGCCAGAUCAACGUCGUUGGCGUGCGUCACUGUAUCUCCUCGCUCUGUCGUGUGCGUGAUAUUCGCAAAGUCGAUCGAAAACCGUAUACGAUAAUAUAUUAGCUCAAUCUCUGCAAAACUCGUAUAUACAUACUAUACCUACAUGUAGAUACAUGGAUAUCGCGCACCAGUUUUUCAGGAAAAUUGCGUAAUAGAAUGUGCAGCUGAUUUUUUAACGUGUCCUUGUCGAGCAAUCUGUUCUGCGCAAUUUUUUAAUCAAAUAUAAUAUUAUGCAUUUUUUGAAAAUUAUAUUUUAAAGAUCUUUCUUGUUACGUACGCGCAGUGUUUGCUGUUAUCUAAAAUUAUAUAGAUGAUUAUUUC